UGCCAGCCCGGGCUGCACACUCGGCCCGCGUUUCUUAUGGGCGGCUGCUGGAGGCCGGCUGCGGUCCAGCUGAGCGCGGCAGCGGGAGACCAAACUUAGACCCCGCUGUGGACUCUACCAGCCAGAGAAAGAGAGAAGGGACCCGAGGAGGAGGCUUCCAUCACGUCAUUGCAGGAUGUUCUGGAAGCUGUCCCUGUCCUUGUUCCUGGUGGCCGUGCUGGUGAAGGUGGCAGAGGCCCGGAAGAACCGGCCCGCGGGGGCCAUCCCCUCGCCUUACAAGGACGGCAGCAGCAACACCUCGGAGAGAUGGCAGCACCAGAUCAAGGAGGUGCUGGCCUCCAGCCAGGAGGCCCUGGUGGUCACCGAGCGCAAGUACCUCAAGAGUGACUGGUGCAAGACGCAGCCGCUGCGGCAGACGGUGAGCGAGGAGGGCUGCCGGAGCCGCACCAUCCUCAACCGCUUCUGCUACGGCCAGUGCAACUCCUUCUACAUCCCGCGGCACGUGAAGAAGGAGGAGGAGUCCUUCCAGUCCUGCGCCUUCUGCAAGCCGCAGCGCGUCACCUCCGUCCUCGUGGAGCUCGAGUGCCCCGGCCUGGACCCCCCCUUCCGACUCAAGAAGAUCCAGAAGGUGAAGCAGUGCCGGUGCAUGUCCGUGAACCUGAGCGACUCGGGCAAGCAGUGAGCGCGGCGGGACGCAGCCCGCCCUGUGCGCCCCGCCCGGCCGCCGCCUCCGUCCCCGUCCCCCGAGCCCCCCGCACGCUGCCGGCGCCCCCCGCAGCAGCAGCACGUCGCUGGGGGCCGACGGCGUCCUUGCACGAGCGCGGACCGCAAGUGGAGCUUCGCUGAUGUGUUCCUGACCGACCCCGGGCCUCACCUGUGCACCCCCAAGCCAGGCUGCGUACCAGGCCCGAAGGAAGAUGCUGCAAAACCACCGCCCGCCACGCAGCCGUCGGAGAGGAUCGUUCAGGUGAUGCGCUGUCAAUCCGGCGUGGAUGUUUCCACCAUGUGGAAAAGCGAAUAUUGCCCCGGCCUGACCCUACACUCCAGCUCGCCCCUUCCCCCGUGCAGGGGAGGAUGCGUCCGCCCGCAGAGCAGCCCCUCAAACCUCUGCGGGUCCCCGGACCGCUGGCCGGGAGCGUCCGCUCUGGUGACUCGAGGGCUGCCCUCUGCGCUGCUGUGAUGCGGCUUCGGACAACGUCCGUAAAGAAUGUCCUGGACUGGGAGGUCCUCCUAACGAAGCUGACGCCGAGAAGACAACUUGAGCCACGUGGAUCACGAAGUGGGCUUCCCUGGGGACCUUGCUCACAGCAGGCCACACUCUCCCCCACCCCCAGCCACCACCGCCUCUCCCCCCUCACUUCCCUCACCCCCAUCCGGGGACUAAAGAUGAACUCUGGUGUGCAUGCUAUUAUCGCUGCAAUUAGAAUAUUAUUACACACAAAGGUCUCCAUAUUAACGCUGGUUUCAUAAUUGACCUAUAGUGUAAAGAGCUGUUAAAAAGUAUUAUAGACCUCUCCAUGUAUUGUUGCACGUGUUUUCACUCUGGCUUUGCAGCGGCAUUCUGAGUAAGGACCAGAGCAGGUGGUGACCCGCCCGGAAGGUGUUUUCCUCAGAAAUGAUGCCUGAUCAGCAGUUCACUGUCGUGCACCAAUUCUUAGAUUGGGCGCGGAGAUGGGAGGAGCUGUGAUUUUACAUUGAACUUGUGUUUCACUGAAGACACUAAAACAUUGUGGCACGUGUAGGAUAUUGGGUUGUGAUGGAAAGGUGUAGGGAGGGGGAUGGGUUGAGAAGUUGUUAACCUAAAGGUCAAAAAUCGCUAGAAUAUUUAAUAUGCAUAUAUGGAGUGAGAAGGUAUACUAUUUCACUGCCAUGACACCAAGCAAAAAAUAUUUCCUGUUGGACGAAAGAAAUAUUUAAAAUUAUAAGGAGUUGAGUCACUUAGUGGUAUAGGAGGAAGUAAAGGCUAAAAUAUAUAGAAUAGAAAUCUAGUUGAAUUGUCCUAUAGAACACAACUAGCUUCCUUUUCAAAGAAUAGACUUUAAAAAGGCUGAGCAAACAUUAGGUCACCUUUCACUUUUUAUUUGAAAUGUUGGGGUUUUCGUGUUGUGGUUUCUUGAUAUAAAGUUGACAUAAUUUAUUUCCCUGCAAAGUUAUACCUACUUUGAGUCCCUUUGCUAAAUUGCCCCACUAAAAGCUUCCCUGUGAGUCAUGUUUAUGGAAUCUGAUAAAUGUGAAUGAGAUGCCAUUGGUGGGAAACAGCGUACUUUGAAGACUUUUCACUGGUAAUGCCUAAGCACUCAGUCUCAAGUGCUCCUGCCCAACGGACUCAGAAAGGCCUGAUUCCUAGUUGUGUGAGAGAUCCUCUUCAAGCUGCCCUGGGAACUGAGGCUUUCUGACGGUAGAUGGUGGUGAGGCGUCUAGACACAUUCACCUGGAGAGCAAGGGUUUGGGUGGGAUGUGGCAUGUUUGUGGGCGAAUCCAUUUUCUGCCCCUGCACAGCUGGUUUCAUUUCUGCUACUUCUAUAACACCAUGAGACCUGAGCAGAAUGUGCUAUUAUAAAGGGGAUCUUGGCUUCAGAAAUGAGUUUAUACAGCCCUAAAUCGGGAGGCAGAACUCAAUAGAAAUCCUUAAGGGCUUGAACCUGGAUGGAGAGAAAGAGUGGAGAGGGUGUCCAAGCUCAGAACUGAUUUUUGCAUUUAGUGGAAAACCUCAAGUCAGACUCAGCGGAAGGACACGCAGCAGAAAGGCCGUGAAGGAAGGCGGUCCAUGCGAUUGUAAUGGAGGCUAAUGGACUGGAGUAGAAGGGAAAAGAGGCGAGAAUCCUGCCCACUACAAAGCCAACAACCACUGUCAUUUGAUUAACACAGACCCAAGCAGACAAAGGAAGGAUUAAGCUAUGAACUCACAGAAUACAAACAUGAGCACACUCUCUUGGAACCCAAUUGUGGAUGUAGCAAUAGAAGCAAUACGAUAUGCUGCAGUGUGAAGCUCCUUCUGGGGGUUCUUGUAUGUACAAAGUUUACCUUAUAAUGGCUCAAAUUGUAUUUAAUUUUUUUUUGUUUGUUUAUAAAUGAAGAAAAGCUAUAAGUAUAAUGUAAUUAUUUUAUAGGUGUACUAUUAAAUUAUAGAACAAAUAAAGAUACUCUAGGAUUAUAUGUGAUCCUGGUGUGAUGUGCCAUAAAAA